GCCACCCAAGCGUCCGAAUCCCACGCUGAAGGCGAACAGGAAACAAUCGUCUCUCUGGAAAUGGCAAUUUUGCAUGUAGGCAAGUGAUUUGGCGAACUGUUCUUCGAAAGUCUAGUAGGACCUAGAUUUCGUUUGAUGUUGACAACUUGUCUACAGCUUUAGCGAAGCUGGACCUUUCACUUUUGAAAGAGUCCAAAGACGACGCAUUCGAGCAUAUUCACCGAAUGAUAGAUGCCAUCCCCAUCCCGAAGUACGAUGUCCGUGUCGGCUCUCCGUUGAUCCCUCAGUCGACCAGAGGCUACGACAUUAUACUGUCAAUGAAGUUCGAAACGCUACAAGACUUCAAAGCAUAUCUCGCACAUCCAAAGCACUUGGAGUUGCUCAAGGUCUAUGGGCCGCCGUUGCUGCGAGAGAUGAUCUCGUUCCAAGUGGAUGGUACUGCGCCAAAGGCCAAGUUAUGA